AUGCUCCCACGACACCUGGACAUCCACCCUCGCCAGACCUUGACACCCACCCUGCCUUCAUCCUUCGUUCAGCUCCGAUCGGGUCGCACCGGCUGCUCUCGUGCUCCCGUCCUGCUGCCAUCGGCCAGCUGCGAGAUGACCACACGACCUGGUUGCGUCUGCUGCCUGUCUCAGCUCGACCUGAUCGUCUUUUCCGUCUUUUCUGUAUCGUUCGCCGUCGCCAGCGGCCUACUUAUGGCCAUCGUCGCCAACUGUCACGACGCCACCCAGAACGCCCGGCCGGGUGCCGCCCACAUCCAGCUGUCGCCCACUCAACGUGCUCAGUUCAGCUUCCAGCCCUUUGAGCUGACAGACGUCUGCUUCGCGUGCACUCGGCCCAACGCAACCGUCCUGUUUGCCUGCAACGUCCAGUUCGACUGGUUCGACCCCAACUCUGUCAAGGAGAACAAUGUCACCUCCUGCUCCUGCUCCUACUCAUGGCAUUGGGACGGACAGGCAGCCGCAAACGGCGCCAACAACACCUACGACGCCGUGGACUUUCUCGUCUGCUCCAAUCACCACUCGUCCCUGUUUGAGAUGCGCGUCAAUUUCUUCUCAGACCCAACCAACCUGACCCUCUUCAUGAGCCACUACUACAAGGAUAGCUCCCUCUGGGGUGCGCCCUAUCUGUAUGUCCAGACCUGGGCCAUGCCCAUCCUCAAUCUAACGCGCGAGAGCCGCGAUAACGAAUCAAUGCGCUACUUCAAGGCGGGGCCAAUCCUUGCCAACAUCACUGGCCUGGACGGCUGA